AUGGUCAUCAUCGUCAUCAGCAGCCUCAUCAAAAUUCUCAUCAGCAUUGUCAUCAACAUCGUCAUCAUCAUGACAAUAUCAAUGACGAUCCUGUCGCCGAAGACGAUCAUUUUGAAGUGGGUGGGCUACGAGCACAGCGGCUACCAGGGCCAGCAGUUCAUCCUCGAGAAGGGCGACUACCCCCGCUGGGACGCGUGGAGCGGAAACCUCGCCUACCACACCGAGAGGCUCAUGUCCUUCCGACCCAUCAUGUGCGCCAACCACCAGGAGUCCAAGAUCUCAAUCUUCGAGCGAGAGAACUUCCUGGGCCGGACGUGUGACCUGUGCGAUGACUUCCCGGCUCUGCAGUCAAUGGGCUGGUGCAACAGCGAGGUCGGCUCCAUGAAAGUUCAGAGCGGAGCAUGGGUUUGCUACCAGUAUCCAGGCUACCGCGGGUACCAGUACAUCAUGGAGUGCGACCGCCACACGGGGGAGUACCGCCACUACCGCGAGUUCGGGUCGCACGCUCAGACCAGCCAGGUGCAGUCGAUCCGCAGAGUGCAGCAGUGA